AUGGAUCACAAGACCGAAGGGAAAAGGAAGCAGCGACAUAGCUUGACUUUACUGGAUCAAUUAAACAAUAUGAAAGAAUUAACACAAAUGAUUGAUGUGGUCCUUGUAGCAGAAGGUGAGAAGUUCCCCUGCCAUAAACUGAUAUUGGCUGCAUUCAGUCCCUAUUUCAAAGCCAUGUUUACCUGUGGCUUGCUUGAAUGCACCCAAAGAGAAGUGGUGCUCUAUGACAUCUCAUCAGAGAGUGUGUCCAUAAUACUCAACUACAUGUACAGUGCAGAUUUGAACCUCACUAAUUUCAAUGUCCAAAGUGUUGCUGUUGCUGCAUUUUUUAUGCAGAUGGAAGAUGUUUUCAAUGUGUGUCAGAAAUACAUGAUGGACCAUAUGGAUGCUUCCAACUGUGUAGGGAUCUACUAUUUUGCAAAGCACAUUGGGGCAGAAGAAUUGUCUGAUCAAGCUAGACAAUAUUUGUAUCAGCACUUUGCUGAGGUGAGCUUGCAUGAAGAAAUAUUAGAGAUUGAAGCACAGCAGUUGCUGAGUCUCAUAAGAUCAGAUGAUCUGAAUGUAUCCCGGGAGGAGAGCAUUUUGGACUUGGUCCUCAGAUGGGUGAACCAUAGCAGAAAAUCACGUGUCGAGCACCUGAUUGAACUCCUGAAGCAAGUGAGACUGGAACUUGUAAGCCCUUCUUUCCUGGUGGAAGCUCGGAAAAGGAACACGGUGCUUCUUUCUAAUUCAGAAUGCCAUGAUAUGAUUGAUGGAGCAUUAGAAACUAUAAAGAAAUCCAACCACCCCUCUCUCAGUCUUCGCUAUGGUAUGGAGACCACCAGUCUUCUACUUUGCAUCGGCAAUAAUUCUCUGGGGAUUCGAUCAAGACAUGGUAGCUAUGCAGAUGCCAGUUUUUGUUACGCUCCUGCAACACAAAAGACUUACUUCAUUUCCUCCCCGAAGUAUGGUGAGGGUUUAGGAUGUGUGUGUACCGGUGUUGUCACUGAGAACAACGAUAUUAUUGUGGCAGGGGAGGCCAGUGCUGUCAAAAUGUCUAGACAAAAAGCCAAGAACAUUGAAAUUUAUAGGUACCACAGUAGAGGAAACCGGUUUUGGCAAAGUUUGUGCACUGCUCAGUUUCGCGAACUCUAUGCCUUGGGCACUGUUCAUAAUGACCUGUAUAUCAUAGGAGGGCAAAUGAAACUGAAAAACCAAUAUCUGGUCACAAACUGUGUUGAGAAGUAUUCCAUGGAGCAAGAUAGCUGGAGAAGCGUGGCGCCUCUUCCGGUGCAACUGGCCUGCCAUGCUGUGGUAACAGUAAAUAAUAAACUCUAUGUGAUGGGAGGCUGGACACCACAGAUGGAUCUCCCUGACGAUGAGCUGGAUCGAUUAAGUAACAGAACGUUGCAGUAUGACCCAGGCCAAGACAAAUGGACAGAGUGCACACCAAUGAAGUACUCCAAAUACCGCUUCAGCACAGCUGUAGUCAACAGUGAGAUUUAUGUCUUGGGAGGAAUUGGCUGCUUGGGUCGAGACAGGGGACAGGCACGGCAAUGUCUUGAUGCAGUGGAGAUUUAUAACCCUGAUGGAGAUUUCUGGAGAGAUGGGCCUCCGAUGCCUUCUCCUUUACUCAGCUUAAGAACCAAUUCCACUAAUGCAGGCUCGGUGGAAGGGAAGCUAUAUCUCUGCGGAGGAUUUCAUGGAGCAGCUCGCCAUGAAAUUAUCACCAAAACGAUCCUAGAGUUGGAUACGUGGGGAAACCAGUGGAAUGUGGUGGCCGUCAACGUCCUCAUGCAUGACAGCUACGAUGUCUGCCUCGUAGCUAGACUGAACCCCCGAGAUCUCAUCCCCCCACCCUCUGACCUAGUGGAUCAAUAGAAAUGCAGUUGUUCCUUGUGCUUUCAGAUUCUGCUGUAGCUGAAGAGCUCAGACUAGAGAGAGGUGUGCAGCUUGACCUUUGAACUGGCCUGAGGUGAAAACUGGGUUCUACAGAGAUGAGUCUGUGACAGGCUCAAGCAAGCAAUGCCUUAGACCUUUGAUUCUUUCAGCCACUGCUAUAUACUCAGUAUUGGUACUUCAGGCUUUUGUGAUUGAUACUAUGGGCUUCCCGUCCCAAUAAGCCUCUGGAGUUGGCCCAGGCACCCUACCACAGCACUUCAUCAUUUAGCUGUGUAAGCACUAAUGUGCAAUGCAGGUUGGGCGGCUGUGGGCCUUAGCUUCACCAUCAUAGUUGCAGCCCAAAGCCCAUUGCAGGGUAAAGCAGCACAACUGAAUGAGAGCCCUAGCAGGUGAAGAUAACGUUUCAAGGGAAGAUUCUGCCUUCACUUACAUUUGGGGCACCCCAUUGAUUUCAG